AUGGCCUCUAAGAAGAUUCAAAUCGUUCCUGUGGCGAAAGGGAAAAGCGUGAGCGCCUCCUUCUCAAGCGGAGAUUCUACUGGGGUCGUCACCCGGAGCAAGGCCAAGGCGAUAUCCGCAAUUCCACAGGUCACUUCCAUACCGACUCAAGCCAAGGUGAAAGACGUUAACCGAAGGCGUGAACUGGUUAUCAAUCUGGCCUCUUUAGGGGCAAAGAAGAAUACCUCCCGGGCGGAUGAGAGAAACUCUCGGAAUGAAGAAAGGAGUUUUUCGGGCUCGAAGAAUUCAAGAGAACGUUCCCUCUCUCCUAUUUCAGACGCUGACUUGAGCACAGGCUCAUACCAUGGAUCCCCGCCCGACGACCAACAGAAGAAGAUUGCCUCGGCGUCCAUAGGUAAGUCUUAUUCUAUGGCCAUGCAGGUUAUGGUGAUGGGAGCAAUGUCUAUUGAAGAACAGUUGGCCCAUAUGAGCGAAGCGGUCACGAAAUUGACGAAGAUGGUCGAAGAGAAGGAUGCGCAGAUUGCUUCUCUCAUCAACAAGUGGGAAGCACAUCAUGAUAAGGAGCCUGUUCAAGACACAAACAAGAAAGGACCACAUCAUGAGGCUGAAUCCAGCGAGAAAGGAUUGGGUCAUGAAACAGAGCCGGGUGAGAAGUCGCACGAAAAAAUUGACACCGCCUCAGUGGGUUCUUUGUCAGUCCAACAACUUCAGGACAUGAUCGCGAACACCAUCAGAGUCCAAUAUGGAGCACCUUCCCGAGACACGCUCAUGUAUUCUAAGCCAUACACCAGGAGGAUAGACAACUUGCGGAUGCCGACGGGAUAUCAACCUCCCAAGUUUCAACAAUUCGAUGGAAAGGGCAAUCCAAAACAACACAUUGCACACUUCGUCGAAACAUGCAACAAUGCUGGAACGGAGGGCGACCACCUGGUGAAACAGUUUGUUCGGUCCCUGAAGGGAAAUGCAUUUGAUUGGUAUGUAGACUUGGAGUCCGAGUCCCUUGACAGUUGGGACCAAAUGGAGCGAGAAUUCUUGAACAGAUUCUAUAGCACUCGUCGCACUGUGAGUAUGAUGGAACUCACGAAUACCAAGCAAUGGAAAGAUGAACCUGUCGUUGAUUACAUCAAUCGAUGGCGUUCAUUAAGCUUGGAUUGCAAAGAUAGGCUUUUGGAGAUAUCGGCAGUUGAGAUGUGCAUUCAAGGGAUGCAUUGGGGGUUACUCUACAUUCUACAAGGAAUUAAACCCCGCACGUUUGAGGAGCUAGCCACUCGUGCCCAUGAUAUGGAGUUAAGCAUUGCCAGCCACGGAGGAAAGCAUGAGCCCGUCAUCGAGCAUAAAAAGGAGAAAGUCUUUGGACAAAAGACAGAUAAGCCGGUCAAGAAGCCUACCAAGGAAGCAAUGACAAUCAACACUGUCCCGGUCAAAAUCUCCACCCGAGAUAAGAAGAGGGAAGUCAAAAAGAUGGAGUCAUCCCGAGAAGUAGAUAGACGUCGGCGCACCUUGAAGGAAUUGGAGGAGAAAACGUACCCUUUUCCUGACUCCGAUGUCGCAGGUAUGCUUGAGGAUUUGCUGGAAAAGAAGGUGAUCGAAUUGCCAGAAUGUAAGCGGCCUGAGGAGAUGAACCGGGUCAACGACCCUAAAUUUUGCAAAUACCACAGAAUUGUCAGCCAUCCAGUAGAAAAAUGCUUCGUGUUGAAGGAGCUAAUUAUGAACUUAGCUAGGCAAGGAAGGAUUGAGUUGGAUGUUGACGAAAUUGCGGAGGCGAACGUUGCCACAAUUGUGUUCGGAUCCUUUGAGCCGGUGCCGUUGCCCGUAUUGUCAAAAAGAUCGGAGUUUCAAUCUAUAAGGGGCAUACACCAGAAGACUGAUCUAUGUACAAAAGAAGUGAUGGGCGAACCAAACAAUCAACGUGGUGAUGGCUUUGUUGGUGACUCAUCUUUUGAUGACAAUGAAGGAUGGACGCUCGUUACUCGGCGGAAGUCUCGUACGAAGCGCAUUCCUCAACGACAAAAUGCUCAACCAAAGAAGGAGCAGCGAAAGAGAGGCUCGCACCAACAUUCUAAAAAAACUAGACGGAUGCUGAAGAGAGGCUCCGAACAAGAAGAUGGACCAUUAAUCCAAGGGCCACGAACUCCAGUUAUGCUAGGAGAAUACUUCCCCAAAGUGUUCUUCGUAAGAGGGCCAACGGAGACAGUCCAUAUGACAACUUGCUAUCAGGUAGAUGACGAAGAUGCCUCAGAAGGAAGAUAUGAAACUCAUGAGGAGCGAGAGGUCUCAACACAGGCAGAAAAUCCACCAGCGUAUUCAAAUAUUGAAGAAGCGGUGGAACUCCCUGAAGUCAUACGUGUAGCAUUGGUAAAGGCAUUAAUGGAUCUCGAUAUCCAACCAAAUAGGAUAAGGAGGACCGGAGAAUUAGAGCCUGAGCCUCAAGACCAUGCUAUUUGCUGCGCGACGUGCGCUUCCAUCACAUUCACCGAUGAAGACCUCUUGUUAGGAUCUAAGCCACAUAAUCGUCCGCUUUUCGUGUCAGGGUAUGUGCGAGAACAAAAACUUAGUCGCAUGCUUGUAGACGGAGGUUCAACAGUGAACAUCAUGCCUAAAUCCACGAUGAUGAAGUUAGGCAUCACCAUGGACGAAUUGUCUCGCAGUCGUCUCAUGAUUCAAGGAUUCAAUCAAGGAGGACAAAGAGCUAUGGGCAUGAUCAGAAUUGAGCUCGUGAUAGGCGAUUUAAAGUCAAACACCCUAUUUCACGUGAUUGAUGCUAAGACCUCCUACAAUCUCCUAUUAGGAAGGCCAUGGGUGCAUGAAAAUGGGAUAGUGCCUUCAACCUUACAUCAAUGUUUCAAAUUUUACAGAGGAGGAGUAAAGAAAAUCUUGGGUGACGUCAAACCAUUUACUGAAGCCGAGUCUUACUUCGCGGACGCCAAAUUUUACAUGGAUGAAGACGUGGUAUCUGAAGUUAUUCCCGUGGAGGUUCACUCGACAGGAAAAGCCAUGACAAGAAGAGAAGAGCAUUCAAAGUGCCCUCCUGCAGAGAAUGUUUCGAAGAAGUCAAAAAGCACUUUGUCUGGACAAAUGGGAUCAUCACCGACAGAUUCACGGAAGGUGUCUACUCCCGUCCUCUGCUAUGUCUCAUCAUCUCGACGGAAGGAAGGACAAUCCCCAUUUGGAGAAGAAGUAAAGCCAAGGAAAUGGGGAGAAAGCGACAUGAAGUUCUUGAAGGAGUCGACAACCAUACCUUUACCCAAGUUGAAUAAUGCAGCCGUUUCGAAAUCUUCGAUACCAGGGUUCGUCAGACCAUCACAAGAGGCAACAAGACACGAAUCUCUUCCAGUCACAAGAACAAAAGAAGGUUUUGACCCUAAUGCUUAUAAGCUCAUGUCAAAGGCAAGUUAUGACUUCAGCUUAUCUUCUUCGAUGGGAGAGCUUAAUCCAGAUGUCACAGGAGGAAGGAAGCAUGGCCUUAGCGAAACCCAAAAGAAGUUGAAGGAGCAAGGUUACACAAUUGACUCAGCUAGAGCAGGCCUAGGUUUUACUCCUGUUGCACCUGUCAAGAUCUCUGCUAGAAGAAAAGAAAAGAAAGCAGAAGCUCAACAUAUUAGUGUCGAAGCGGUUGAGGAGGAAGAAGAACCAAAGGUUAUUAAAAGAGCCUCAGUGUUCGACCGUUUAGCCAAGCCUACCUAG